AUGAAUGAUGUGGAGAGUCAGAAACACCAACCUCAUCCAUCAACAUCAAUCCCUCAUUGGCGGCUGGUGGCAAGUCAAACACUCAUCACCGAAGAUGUUCUCAAUCAUCCAUACAAGGGCGCUGGAACCAUCGAAGAUCCUUAUGUCGUCGAAUUCAUCCGCCAAGAUCCUCGCAAUCCCAUGGAAUGGACUCAAGUCAAGAAAUGGUUCAUCACUGGCGUCGUGGCCAUUGCCACCCUUGCUGUCUCAUUGAUCUCCUCGGCAUAUACCGGUGGAAUGACUCAGAUCAUGGAAGAGUUUCAAUGCAGUCGCCUCGUGGCCACACUCGGCCUAUCACUUUUUGUCCUCGGCUUUGCCCUCGGUCCACUCUUGUGGGCUCCUCUCAGUGAAUUAUAUGGCCGUCAAAUCCUGUUUUUCGGUACAUAUGCUAUCCUGACUGCAUUCAACGCUGGUUGUGCUGGGGCCAAUUCGAUCGGGUCCCUGAUUGUGCUACGAUUUCUCGCCGGCACCUUCGGCUCGUCCCCUUUGACCAAUGCCGGCGGUGUCAUUGCAGACAUGUUCCCCUCCAACCAGAGAGGUCUAGGCAUGAGCAUCUUUGCCGCCGCACCCUUUCUAGGCCCCGUCAUCGGUCCCGUCAUCGGCGGCUUCGUGGGCGAGACUGUGGGGUGGCGAUGGAUCCAGGGCAUCAUGACCAUCUUCACCGGAUCCCUGUGGAUAACUGGCGCCCUCCUCGUCCCUGAAACGUACGCGCCCGUGAUCUUGGAGCGACGGGCUAAAGCUCUCAGCAAGCGUACCGGCAAAGUCUAUAUCUCACUGCUUGAGCAUAGACAAGGCAAAAUCACGGCCGGCGCCGCCUUCUCCAAAGCUCUUGUAAGACCAUGGGUCUUGCUGUUCCUCGAGCCGAUUGUCCUUCUCAUCUCCAUCUACCUGGCCAUCGUCUACGGCACGCUGUAUCUGCUGUUCGGCGCUUUCCCCAUCGUGUUUCAAGGAUCACGUGGCUGGUCACAAGGGGUAGGCGGGCUUGCUUUCCUAGGCGUUGCAGUUGGCAUGCUCAUCGGGACCACCUACGCAAUAAUCGACAACAAGCGGUAUCGACGGCUCGGCGAAGCCAGAGAGGACGGUGAAGCGCCACCGGAAGCCGGACGACUUCCUCCUGCCAUUGCUGGAGCGAUCGCGCUGCCCCUGGGCAUGUUUUGGUUUGCGUGGACCAACUCACCAUCGAUACAUUGGAUUGUGUGCAUCAUCGGCACCGCCCCCUUUGGGUUUGGCAUGGUCUUGACGUUCCUAGGCAGUAUGAACUAUCUGGUUGACGCAUACACCAUUUACGCUGCCAGUGUGCUUGCGGCCAGCGCCGUCAUUCGCUCGAUAUUUGGCGCUGUAUUUCCACUCUUCACUUCCCAGAUGUAUGCCGCACUCGGCAUCCACUGGGCCAGUUCGAUUCCGGCAUUUCUCGCCCUCGCAUGCGCCCCUUUCCCCAUCAUCUUUUUAAAGUAUGGCGAAGCCAUCCGCAUGAAGUGCAAAUAUGCUGCUCAUGCUCAUCAUGUCAUGCAAGAGAUGAAGCUGAGUAGGCAGAGGACCAAAGAACAGCAACAGCAGGGUCAGCUGACGAAUCCGCAACCACUAUCACAGCCCGAUGAUGAAAAGACAGAAACCGGAGAGGUGGAUGUUCCAGUACGGUCAUGA